AUGGUGAAGAGAUUUUUUCACAAAUUCCAAUAUUUCAUUGUGAACUUCCUAAGAGAGACAUCAAUUCAUGGUUUUGUACAUGUCGUUUCAAUCGGUGUACAUCUAAUUGAACGGAUACUAUGGAUAUUCUGCGUCAUUAUGGCAUUUUACAGUACUUCUUCACUAAGUCAGAGGAUCUGGAAGCGCUACCAGGAAUCUCCAACUGUGAUUUCUAUGGAUAGGAAUAUGUUCUUCUGGAAUACAUCAUUUCCUGCGGCAACUAUAUGUCCUCAUCGUCAGUUGGAUGAUCAGAAGCUUAUUAAUUAUCUCAAUGCAAAUCCUCAAAAGUUCCCCACAGAAGAUGAUCGGACAGAAUUCACAGAGUUCAUCUGGAAACUGUCUCGAGCAACUUUUGAGAAUUUUGAGGAUCUGCCAAUGAAUAGAACAUUCGAUAUCCCUAGCAGUGACUACAUGGAACUCAUCUGGAAUCUGUCUUGGCCUUUCAAUCCAGAAGUCAGCAGUGGAGUACGCGUAAAUUUAUACCUAGUUGAAACAAUCACAGAACUAGGGAUUUGCUAUGCUAUCAAUUCCCGAGUUGCAGCCUACAAUUCAUUUCAGUACCGGAAAGCAAAUAGCUGGCAUCUCAUUCCGUCCAGCACUACAGUCACGGUUCAUCCACUGGAUGGAGAAAUUUAUGCACAAAUAAUCAACUUGUCAACGGCAUACGAGGUAUAUUUUCAUGGUUCAAUGGAGAUUCCUGAUAUUUCAAAGCGUCGCUACUUCUUUGACGAUUCCGUGUAUGCUACAGUUGAGAUGGUGGCAUUGGAAAUUCAUACCACAGCUGAUGCCAGAGAUCUAUCCGUUUCCCAGCGACGAUGUCGUUUUAUGGAAGAGGCAGAAAGCCUUCAGUACAGUCCUGCAUACAGCUUAAACUUCUGCCGUAUUGAGUGUCGCAUCCGAUUGUCCCUGGAAAUUUGUCAUUGCAUUCCACACUUCUAUAGAAGUCGCACCAAGAAUGGUCACCAGCAUCCUGUUUGUGACUUCGACGGAAUGAAAUGCCUGGCGGGGAUUAAAGAUGAAAUCAUUUCGCUGCAUUCAGACAAAAUGAAAAUCAAAUGCAAAUGCGAGGAGAAUUGCGAUAAUUCCGACUUUUUUGUUCAGUCCUCAAAAUCCCGGAUGUGGUUUUUGGGUGCCAAUCUCCAGUGGGGCAUCAGUGAUUAUCCCAAAAUGCAGCUGAUCCGCGACGUCCUGUUUCGCUUUACGGAUUUACUGGUUUAUAUCGGGGGCACUGCUGGACUCUUUCUCGGAUGCAGUUUGCUCAGCUUCACCGAAUUCAUCUACUUCUUCUCCUGGCGACUUGGAAAAUUCAUCCUGGCUCGCAAUUGGAGGGAUUUCCGGCUCUAGUUCCGGGAGGAAGAAGGCUGGGAUUGUAGUGAAAGAUUUUGUGUUUUUUUUUUCGAACGUAAUUUUUCUCACUUUCAUUUAUUCUGCUUAAAGUCAGUCUUUUAAUAUACAAUAAUUAAUGUUUAAUAAGAAAUAACAUGAUUUAUCGCUUUUCUCUUUUAAUGCAGAUUUUUUAUUCUUCUUUUUCAAUAAAAAAUAAAUCAUAGAAAACUUAGUCAAGUCUUUGACUCAUUUUUCAACCUCUUGGAUGUCUUUCUUGAAGUAUUCUUUUUCUUUUUGGCGGCAGAACUCCGUAACAGCAACGAAGAGGGGUUGAAAAUGUUUGUCAAGAACAUUGAAUUUUCCAAGAAAGUCUGCCUAACCAUAUAAUGCGCCGAUUGUUGAUUUUCCUGAAGAAAGUAUUGUCAUUUCUUUAGCUGACGUAGUAUUGAACAGAAAAUUUAAUUAUUUGAGACUGUUGCAUUUUUCCAGAGGGUUGUUUUCUUUCCAUUCGGUCUAUUUCUUUUGAAUUUUCUCCACAACCCUAGUUUUCUUUUCUUUUCUUACAAAUGACACAUUUACGUCUUCGUGACUGCAGGAAUUAAGAUUUUAUUCUUCUUAAAAUCUAU